UCCCGUUAUGUACUGUCAGAAUUCAAGUGUGCGUGAAGUCAAGUCGUAAUAUUUUAUGCGUUUCAAAAGACAGUUGAUUACAAUGACAUUAUGAUUCCUCCUUAUAUUUAAUGCGCGUUGGAAAUAUGCUAUGCGAGAACGGCGGUGCCCCGAAAUAAAUAUCAGAUGAUCUCAGACGAACGUGAUUUUCUGCACCCCUAAGAGACGUCAAGAUAUCCCCGCAGCGCUAUCAUUACAAUAACAACACGCGGAAUUUCAAACUAGCUAAAUCUUAGACAUUUAUUUCUUAAGUUCUUAAUGGAGAUUGGUGUAAUUGUUUUAAACUCAUGCAACACGUUGUUGACAAGAAAGACUAUAGCAAAGCAUCGUUUUCUCAGUUAGCUACCAUUUUCCAAGUGGGUUAGUUAAUCAUCAUAGUUGAUUAGAGCCUUAAGGGCAAAAAGAUACUCCCGGAGGAAAGUGGAGGACCGGAAACGCUGGCACACAGGAUCACACAGGAAGAGUGGGAUGACUUCCGCUCCUUCCUCAUGCUCCAUCGCUCCGUCUCUUCCUCUCCUCUCCGCUGGAAUCCCUCUCCGUCAGGGGAGAAAGGGCUGACCCCCGGGCGGGCUAGCGGGCAAGCAUGCGGCGGUUCGUCUACUGCAAGGUGGUGCUGACCACCUCUCUGGUGUGGGUGCUCCUGGACGUCUUCCUGCUGCUCUACUUCAGCGAGUGCAACAAGUGUGACGACAGGAAGGACCGUUCCCUGCUCCCUGCCCUGAGAGCGGUCAUAUCGCGGGGCGUUGAAGGCCCAGGGGAGAUGGGGAAGGCCGUGCUCAUCCCGAAGGACAACCAGGAGAAGAUGAAGGAGCUCUUCAAGAUCAACCAGUUCAACCUCAUGGCGAGCGAUCUGAUAGCGCUCAACAGGAGUCUGCCUGACGUGCGGCUCGACGGCUGCAAGACGAAGGUGUACCCGGACGACCUGCCCAACACCAGCAUCGUCAUCGUGUUCCACAACGAGGCCUGGAGCACCCUGCUACGCACGGUCCACAGCGUCAUCAACCGCUCGCCCCGCCACCUGCUGCUGGAGAUCCUGCUGGUGGACGACGCCAGCGAGAGAGACUUCCUGAAGGAGAAGCUGGAGAGCUACGUGCGGACCCUGGAGGUGCCGGUGCGGAUCCUGAGGAUGGAGCAGCGCUCCGGGCUAAUACGGGCGCGGCUCCGGGGAGCGGCGGCCACGCGGGGGCAGGUCAUCACCUUCCUGGAUGCCCACUGCGAAUGCACGGCCGGCUGGCUGGAGCCCCUGCUGUCUCGGAUCAAAGAGGAACGGAGGUCUGUGGUGUGCCCGAUUAUCGACGUCAUCAGCGACGACACGUUCGAGUACAUGGCCGGAUCCGACAUGACGUACGGCGGAUUCAACUGGAAGCUGAACUUCCGCUGGUACCCCGUGCCUCAGAGGGAGAUGGACCGACGGAAAGGGGACAGAACGCUCCCAGUCAGAACCCCCACCAUGGCCGGAGGCCUGUUCUCCAUUGACAGAGCCUACUUUGAGGAAAUUGGAACGUAUGAUCCUGGAAUGGAUAUCUGGGGUGGAGAGAACCUUGAAAUGUCUUUCAGGAUUUGGCAGUGCGGAGGCUCUCUGGAGAUCGUCACGUGUUCGCACGUGGGCCAUGUGUUCCGGAAGGCCACCCCCUACAGCUUCCCCGGGGGCACGGGCCAAGUCAUCAACAAGAACAACAGGCGCCUGGCGGAGGUCUGGAUGGACGACUUCAAAGACUUCUUCUACAUCAUAUCCCCAGGUGUGGUAAAGGUGGACUACGGGGACGUUUCUUCACGGAAAGCCCUGCGGGAGGCUCUCCAGUGCAGGCCCUUCUCCUGGUACCUGGAGAACAUUUACCCCGACUCCCAGAUCCCCCGGAGAUACUUCUCGCUUGGUGAAAUCAGAAAUGUGGAGACCAAUCAGUGUGUGGACAACAUGGGGAGGAAGGAGAACGAGAAGGUGGGCUUCUUCAACUGCCACGGAAUGGGCGGGAACCAGGUGUUCUCCUACACGGCCGAUAAGGAGAUCCGCACGGACGACUUGUGUCUGGACGUGUCCCGUCUCAACGGGCCCGUGAUCAUGCUGAAGUGUCACCACCUGAAGGGGAACCAGAUGUUCGAGUACGACGCAGAGAGGCUGACGCUCCUGCACGUCAACAGUAACCAGUGCCUGGACAUGCCCGCGGAGGAGGACAAGAUGGCCCCCACCCUGAGGGACUGCACGGGCAGCCGCUCCCAGCAGUGGCUCCUGAGGAACAUGACCGUGAGUGCCUGAGAGGCCCCGCCCCGGGGCUGCCGCCAGCU